GUUGAAGUUGAUUGAUCAACAAAAUUACUUUCAAUCACACACACCACAAACCUAUCAGUGUAGCAUUCCGUAUAUAUAUAAAUAAAACAUUACCCACACAUAGAAUACGAAAAUGGCUGCAAAUCGUCGCAAGCAGGACGAUAAAAAUUUAGAAAUUUUACGUGAGCUAAUUUCACUCAAUGGGAACAAGUAUUGUUUAGAUUGCAACCAAAGAGGACCUACAUACGUUAACAGUACAAUAGGUUCUUUUGUUUGUUCGAAAUGCUCGGGAAUGUUGCGUGGUCUUACACCGCCUCACCGCGUGAAGUCCAUUUCUAUGGCCACUUUCACGCCGGAAGAAAUAGAAUUUAUAAAGGCAAGAGGUAACGACUACUGCAGGCGCGUUUGGUUAGGCCUUUACGAGGGUGAAAGUGUGAAUUUUACUGAUGAGCAAAGCGUUAAAGAUUUUAUGUCUGAUAAAUAUGAAAAGAAACGCUAUUAUCUAGAUUCACCUGCAAUUACGAACAAUCCUGUCAAUGGGAGUUCAAUGAAGAAUAAACCCAAAGUUAAGACCGGAAGUAACGCUUUGAACGCAACUCCUUUGAUAUCGAUUUCGCCGCAAACAUCGAAAAAUACGAUCAACAAUAACACGGUCGUUCAAACUGCAAAAGUGGUGAACAAUUUGCUGCCUGCUAACGACCUGAGUUACAGAGUAGCCCAACCAGUCAACAGUUUGGUAAAACCUAUCAUGAACACUGUAAAUGUCACACCAGUACCUGCUGCUGUACCAGCCUCAGUACCUGAUUUUCCUGUUGAUUUUUCUACAGCAAAUAUUUAUAACAGUAGUCAGAUCAAUAAUAAUAUGAACAAUAGUUUUGCAACUCCUCCGUCCAUGAACUCACCAGCAUUCAAUGCUUUUAGUACCCCUCAUCAGCCUGCAAAUGAUCGCUAUGCUGCACUGGCAGAUUUGGAUAUGGCUCUAAGACAACAAAACAUGAAACAUAUGGAGGAAAAUAAUGUUGUAAAUAAUAAAAAUCCAUUCCAAAGUACCACAACCAAUGAUCUGUUUGCCAGUAAAAAUCCCUUUUUUAAUGGAGGAUGGAGCACUGCCACAUCUACGGUACCAGUCAAUCCGUUUAUGCAGUCUACGAAUAAUGGGGGUUUUAUGAAUUCCAAGAAUCCAUUCCUCUGAUUUGGAUUAACACGAAACAUAAGAACUAAGUGAGAUGUCAAAGAACAAACUACGUAACAAAAAGCACAAACCAAGCUACAAAUUUAUAUGUUAUUGAACAAUUGUAUAGUAGUUGAAUAAUUUAUUAAUGUUAUGUCAUAGUGGAGAUACAGUAACACUGCGUGAUUACACUGAGUAAUCAGAUUUCAUUUAUUGAAUUUUACAAAAUGUGUAAUUGCAAAAGCCAGUGUGUUAUUGUAUCUGAUGCAUUGUCAGUCCAUAGCUAACACCAUGCAGCACGCUUGUUAUGGUUGUAAAAUUGAGUGCCUCAACAUGCCUUACAUUUUUUAUAUGUAUAUUUACAAUGAAUUAUUAGUUAUCUCAAAUUAGGAAAUGAAAGUAUUGCGAUUAUUUGAAUAGAAAUGGUAAAAUAUGAACAAAUUGUGUAUAAAUAUGAAAUAUUGAUAAAGACUCUGGUUUUAGCUUUAUCCUAAAUUAUUUAGAUAGUAUUGUAUUUGAUAUGACCAGUAAAUGACGAAGCUAUUUACGUACAUUAAUAUUAGUAUUGCAAAAUUUAAGGCACAGGUACCUAACAUAGAAUGUAUUUGUAAUCAGGUGCCUUGUGUGAGUAAGUUAUGUUCAGUGAGUCAGCCAGGGGCCGAGUUGCGUCGUUCAAAGACGUCAUAAAGGUUACUGGCCUUAUUUGAUAGUUUGGAAUUGUAUGGAAUGGUACAAAAUUUAACGAUAAAAUAUGUAAGAUGUAAGAUUAUUGAAUAUUUAAUGAGUUGGAGACCACAUUUUGGUAAUAAAACUGAAAAAAUAUUUAUUGUCCAUGUAUGAAUUGCUCACUAUUGUAAUUUUAAAUCAAUGAAUCAUCAAUGAACUUCUUAUAGAAUCUACCAUUUAACUUAGUAUUGAGUUGUUGACUUUUUGUAAUUUCACCACAUGAAAUAUAAAAGUUAUUUUUAAUGUUAUUUAAUAUUUUAACAUUUUGCUUGACAAAAAUUGUACUGAAAAUAAUUUUCUUAGUCAGGGUUAAUGUUUAUAAUACUAUGUUUUCAAAGAAAUCAGUUGCAAACAUAGUUAUAGUCAGCCAGUUAGAAAUUGAGCUCUCAAAUUAUGUGCUUCAUCUGUGAUUGUAAUCAGUUUUAUUUUUAUUUGCAAUGAGCUAACUUGAACAAUUUUUUUCUAAUCAAUGCACUUACCUAUUUAUUUAGUUCAUAAUAUAGUUGUUUUUUUACUAUUUGAGCACUAAGAUCUGUUAAUUUGUAUAAAUAAAAUAAUCACUAUUAUUUUUUAUAAACCUUGUUUUUUCUUUGAACCAAAUUAUGUGUGUGUUAGUAUAGCACAUUAUCUCCACCAAUAUUGUUUUAAUUAAUUAGAAGACCAAAAUUAAGCUCAUGAACGAGUUCUAAUUUAUUCAAAUUAUACUUAAAUUAUUACAGUCAGUCUAUUCACAUUUUACAUUUUUUAGCAAUUGUUUGUCACAUUUUGUAUUUACUGCUUUUUCGUGCGAACACAGGUGUGGAGAAGUUAUCGGGUGUAACGUUAGGGCUCGGUAAAGGCGUUUUAGGAAUAUCAUGCGAUAAUGACACUGACGCAUUCUUGAUGGCAUCGGGUAAGUCUUCAGGUAAAUUUGUUGGUUGUGAGGUUGUUGCAGAUGAUCGUUUUUCUGAUAUUGUUUUAAGAAUAUUUUUACCAGCUUCUUUAGUCUUUUCAUGUUCUAAACAUUUGUAAGCAUAAUGAGCAGCAUGGUCAAGCAAUGAAAACCUAAGAUAGUACUGUGCUAAAUAACGCUGUGCUGCAGGUAACUCUUUGCUGCCUGCAUUAGCAGGGUCCUGACAAGCAGCUGUGUAAGCAGCUGCAGCACUGUUAGGCAUAUUAGACUUUUCAUAUAACUUAGCUAGUUUGAACAAUGCCAUGCCUUCAAUAUCACCAGUGCUGUGCGCUUUAUAGUAACAUUUGAGUGCAUUAGGAAUUUUAUCCAUUUUCUCAUAUGCUUCUCCAAGGGAAACCAACAUUCUUGAGUCAUCAGGUUUUAGCUGUGCAGCUCUUGAAUAAUAAUAUAUGCAGUAACCAUUGAGUCCUAAGAUUUCAUAAGCUUGUCCAAGGCCAUUCCAUGCACGAUAAUCAUUCCUGUUUACAUCUAUUGCUUGUCUAUAACACUGUAUUGCAGCAUUAGAAUUUUGUAGUUCUAUAAACUCAUGCCCCAUGAGGAUCCAUGCAGAUAGAUACUGAGGAUCUAAUGAAAGUGCCCUUUGGAAAUAUAUUACAGCCUUCUGAUGUUCACUUCUUAAACUAUAAUAGUUCCCUAUAACACAGCAUGUCUCAACUCUGUAUUUAUCUAUAGAUACAGCUCUCUGAGCUAAGUUUGCAAGUUCCAUUCUCUUUUCUUUGAGAUAAAGAAGAUGAGAGUAUACAUCCCAGUUGUCUAAUCUAUAUGGAUCAUUUUGAUACAACUCGCGGAACAAUGCCAGUGAUGAAUCCACAUCUCUUCUAUCAUGGUGGGCAAUAGCCAUUUGAGCUGUGACAUAAGUACUUUUUUCAAACCCUGCUGCAACCAAUACCAUAUAGGCUUCCAAAGCUUGCUCUGAUAAUUUCAAUUCAACAAAAGCAUGUGCCGCAAAGAAAUACAUCAUCCAAUGUUUCGGGAGUUGGAAAGAGUCUAGUGCUUCAUACUCAUUGGCUAGACCUGCAAGCUCCACCCAUGCAGACCACAGUGUAGGUGCCGCUGCUACUGCAGCCUGCAGCACUGUCACCGCUUGACUCCUUAAGUCAAGUUUCUUCAAAACUACACCCUCUAAGUACAGAAGAUACCCAUCUAGAUUGUUUCGGUUUGCUUUAAAAUAUGACAGUAAAUCCAAUAAAACUUGUGUUGAUUCUGUAUUUUCGGUGCCCAGGUCUGUUGCAUUGUCCAAACGUUUUUUCUCACUUGACAUGUAUUGAGAAUAUUUAUGGAGAAAUACACAUUUAGAACUCAAGCAAUUUUCUAAAAAAUGAGCAGCUCUGUCGUAUUCUUGACAAUCAAAAUAAGUUUUGGCCAAGGUGUAAGCUUCUUUCUCCUCAGGCGAAAUAUCAUCUUCCUCCUUAGUAGUCGGAGGAUGUUCAUAGGUUAUUUUGUGAUCCUUCAAAGAGUAAUUUAGCUCGGCAAGCCAUUUAGUAGUUUGUGUAAGUCCACGAUCUGUGCAUUCACGGAUGCCAUGGAGAAUAUCGAUUCUUACUUGGUUUAUAUCAAUUUGAAUGUCUCCUUUAGAGUUAAGUGAUAACGGCUGCAUGUUUUUGCAAUUCAAUAAUACAACAUUAAGUGUGAAUGCAGUUUAUUUCUCAAAGUAAAAAGAAGCUAAGAACAAAUCCUUAGUAACGUUUUUAAUCGGCGAAUCUAAAAAUCUUCAACUUUAAAU